AUGGAUAUCCCAAGUGAAGACACCAUCCGUAUCCUUCUUACCACCGACAACCAUGUAGGUUACAACGAGAGCGACCCCAUCACUGGUGAUGACAGUUGGAAGACAUUUCAUGAAAUCAUGAUGCUAGCCAAAACCCACAACGUUGACAUGAUUUUACAAUCUGGUGACCUGUUUCACACUAAUAAACCUAGCAAGAAAUCUUUAUAUCAAGUUCUCAAGUCAUUGAGAUUGGCGUGUAUGGGUGAUCGUCCCUGCGAGUUAGAAUUGCUGAGUGAUCCAGCACGGGUAUUUCAUUACAACGAAUUCUCCAACGUGAAUUAUGAAGAUCCCAAUUUCAAUAUAUCCAUACCUAUGUUUGGAAUAUCAGGUAACCACGACGAUGCCACAGGUGAUGCAUUGCUGUGUCCAAUGGAUAUUUUACAUGUUAGUGGAUUAAUGAACCAUUAUGGUAAAGUAUUAGAAUCUGAUAAAAUUACGAUAUCACCGUUAUUAUUUCAGAAGGGUAAUACAAAACUAGCCUUAUAUGGAUUGGCAUCUGUCAGAGAUGAAAGAUUAUUCAGGACAUUUAAAGAAGGUGGUGUUAAAUUUGAAGUCCCGACUGUUCGUGAAUCGGAAUGGUUCAAUUUAAUGUGUGUUCACCAAAACCACACAGGUCAUACAAACACAGCUUUCUUACCAGAACAAUUUCUCCCAGAUUUCCUUAAUAUGGUCAUAUGGGGCCAUGAACACGAAUGUAUACCGCAUUUAGUACACAAUCCAACAAAGAAUUUCGACGUUCUCCAACCGGGGUCAUCUGUUGCAACUUCCCUAUGUGAUGCAGAAGCACAACCAAAAUCUGUAUUUAUUUUAGAGAUUACAGAUGGCAAACCACCUGAAUUGACAAAAAUAUCAUUAAAUACUAUCAGAACCUUUAAAAUGAAGAAUAUUACUUUACAAGAUGUUGACUAUUUAAGACCCCACGACAAAGAUGCUAUUUCUAAAUACUUGAUAUCUGAAGUUGAAAAAAUGAUCGAGGAAGCUAAUGAAGAGACUAAGCUUAGAUUAGGUAAUACAUUUGAUCAAGAAGAAGAAGAAGAAGAAGAAGAAGAUUUGCUUUCGACGUUGCCGUUACCGCUGAUAAGAUUGCGUGUUAAUUAUAGUGCAUCCGGUAAGAAAGGUGCAUCCACCUUAGAUUACCAAGUUGAAAACCCUCGAAGGUUUAGCAACAGAUUUGUGGGACGUGUCGCAAAUACAAACAAUGUUGUACAAUUCUAUAAGAAAAAGAACACAAUUUCAACGAUAGAAAAGAAAUCUUCUAAUGAUAUAUCAUUCAAUGAAUCAGAUGUCCAAAGAGUAUUGAAUGCAAAUGGUGGUGAAUUACAUGUAGAUACUCUAAUUUCUGAGUUACUUGGGAAGAUGCAAUUAUCGUUACUACCAGAAGUGGGAAUGAAUGAGGCUGUUAAGAAAUUUGUUGACAAAGAUGAAAAGGCUGCCUUGAAGGAAUUUAUUAAUAAUGAAAUAAAGAAUGAGGUUCAGAUAUUGUCCUCCAAUAAGGAUUUUCUUGAGAACGAAAAUAUUGAUGAUUUUAAAAGUUUAGUCAAGGAAGUUAAGAAGGCUAACAUAGUAAAUAACUCUUCAUCAUUAAACUUGAAAACGGGUGAACACGAACUGUCCACUACUGAACGUUCAACUGAACAAAAUAUUAAAAAUUUAGACAAUAUCAUGGAUGAUACGAAUGAUGAUUUCAAACAUUCCUUUGACGCUAGACUAAAGACAAGUACAACAGAAAUUAUAGCAACUCCCAAAAGAAAUACUAAGGCCAAAAAGUCCCCUAUAUCAGAUUCAAUUGUGAUAUCUGAAGAAGAAGAUAGUGACGAGGACGCUAUAAUAAUAGAUGCAGAUAGUUCUGAAGAUAAUGAUGAGGAUUCGGAAUUUUCCCCAAGAGAUCUAUCGAAGAAGGGCAGAUCUGAACCGAAUGAACAAAAUCAUAAGAGGACAGUCUCUCAAACGAAGGCCAAACCUAAAUCAAAAACAUCUAGUAAGACUCCCAAAACAGACGUCUUAGCUCAGUUAUUAGCACGUAAAAAAAGAUAA